AUUAUGAACAAAACAUAUCGAGUCUGAAACAUCUGCAUCAACAAAACACCAUGGACAGAACAAAAAAGCUUCACAUAGCGAUGUUCCCUUGGCUAGCUUAUGGUCAUACAAUGCCAUUUCUCGAGGUUUCCAAAUUCUUAGCUCAAAAGGGUCAUCGUAUAUCCUAUAUUUCCACCCCUAAAAACAUUAGUCGCCUCCCUAAACUUCCCCCACUUCUGUCAUCUAACAUAACUUUUGUCGAGUUUUCUCUUCCCCAGGUUGAUGGCUUACCACCGGGAGUUGAGUCCACUGCUGAGGUACCUAUCGAAAAUGUCCCUUACCUUAAAAACGCAUAUGACAAGCUCCAAGGCCCUUUAACUGAAUUCCUCAAAAACUCAAACGUCAAUUGGCUAAUCCAUGACUUCGAGCCUUACUGGUUACCUGGAGUUGCUGCUCCACUCGGAAUCAAUUUGGUUUUAUUCUGCUUAUUCAAUGCCACCGCUCUAGCUUUCAUGGGUCCACCAUCAGCUUUGCUUGGUGAGUUCCGGAAACGGCCAGAAGAAUUCACAGUGGUCCCUGAGUGGAUAGAUUAUCCUUGCAACGUAGCUUUGAAGCACCAUGAGAUAGUGAACCACAUAAAAUGCAUGGAUGAUGUAUCUGAUUUCCAACGGAUGGGACAAUUGAUUCAAGGCUCCCAAUUUGUAACUACUCGCGCGUGCUUCGAGUUCGAACCAGACGAGAUUAAAUUGCUUAUUAAACUUUACCAAAAGCCUGUUGUUCCGGUAGGGUUGCUGCCUCCAUCACUGCCAUCAAACGAGGACAAAAGAGAUGAUAAAUGGGAAGCUACAAAAAGCUGGCUUGAUAGCAAAGGAGAGAAGUCAGUUUUCUAUAUCGCCCUUGGCAGUGAAGUGAGUCUGAGUGAAGAGUCCAUGCGACAGUUGGCAUUCGGGAUAGAGAAAUCCAAUUUGCCCUUUAUUUGGGCAGUAAGGAAACGCCCAAUGGGUGAAGGGCUAAUCGAUAACAUAAUCCCUCCAGGGUUCGAAGAACGAGUUUCAAACAGGGGCUUGGUUUUGAGGGAUUGGGCACCUCAGUUACGGAUAUUAGCCCACUCUUCUGUCGGGGGUUUCUUAACUCACUGUGGUUGGAGCUCAAUAAUCGAGGCACUCAAGUUUGGCCGAGCUUUGAUAGUGUUUUCUGGGGCAAGUGCAGAUCAGGGGUUGAACGCUAGGUUGCUGCAUGGGAGAAAGGUUGGGAUAGAAAUAGAGAGAAAUGAAAUGGACGGUUCGUUUACAAGCGAUUUGGUGGCUAAGACGAUUAGGCAAGUGCUGGUGGAACCAGAAGGAGAGGCGAUUAGGGCAAAUGCGUGGGCAAUGAAAGAGAUUUUUGACAAUGAAGAGUUAAGUAAUAACUACUUGGAUGGAUUCACUCGGUUCAUUGAAGAGUUUGCCCCUUCAGCUUGCCAUACCCAGAUUUAGUUAAGUUAUAUAUCGAUGUUUCUUCACGCAUAGCAUCUAAACAUUCUGCUCUCGUUAAAUAAUUAUUGUAUUCUAUAAAGGAGUAUUAAUCAAGUGUUGUUUGAUGUUUUAGGAAAAUAAA